AUGAUAUUCAGACCUGCUGUGAGGUACGGCUCCUCGCGUUAUAUCGCUACCGCUUCUUUGAGAAAUUUGGGCUUGGCCAGCUUUUCCAGGCCCACAAUUGGUGCCAGAUUUUAUUCAGAGGCUGCCAAGGACGCCAGCAAUGAAACGGGCACGAGUUCGGAGCCAGCUCAAAAAGCUGCUGGCGAGGAGCAGCAGAAGAUCCAAGCGCUUGAGGAGAAACUUGCAGCCAAGGACAAAGAGGCCGCAGAAUACAAGGACAGAUUGCUGAGGUCGGUUGCUGACUUCAGAAACCUGCAAGAAGUUACCAAAAAAGACGUGCAGAAAGCCAAGGAUUUCGCACUCCAGAAGUUUGCAAAGGACCUGUUGGACUCUGUGGACAACUUUGGCCAUGCCCUGAACGCGUUCAAGCCCGAAACCUUGGAAGAGUCGACCGAGGUCGCCGACCUGUACACUGGUGUCAAGAUGACCCGUGACGUUUUUGAAAAGACGCUCAAGAAGCACGGUAUCGAGAAACUCGACCCAAUGGGCGAGGCUUUCGACCCCAACAAGCACGAGGCCACUUUCGAGCUUCCUGACCCAAAGAAGGAGCCUGGCACUGUGUUCCACGUGCAGCAAGUGGGCUUCACAUUGAACGACAGAGUCAUCAGACCUGCCAAGGUGGGGAUUGUGAAGGAUCCCUCGAACUAA